AGAUAUUAGAUGUUUCUAUUUAUACAAUCAAUCUACAAAGAACCACAAAGAAAUAAAAAUUAUACCCUUUCGUUCCGUUGCAACGCAGGCAGAGAGUCAAAAAGCAACGAUGAUCGAGAUUCAGCCGGCAGUCUCAUUUGGCGAAACUACAGCGGUAUCUAGAUCGAAAAAGAAAAAAUUACGGACAUGCCGAUGCGCCAACACCAUCGUUCCUUUUCUUUUUCUCUUGUUUGAGAUCACUUCCCCCACCAAUGGCUUCUUCCUCUCCAAACAAGGGUCGCGGCAUCAGACGAAUCGACAGCGACAUCGUCGGGCUCUUUGGCGCACGAGCGUCAAGCUUKGAAAUCCAUCGGCGGAGAUGAAUUCGAACAAUGAACAGGAUAGCUCUCUGCUUCUCCCUCUCAUGAAACUGGCAUCCACACAUUGUGCUUCGCAAGCGCUUUAUACAGCUGUGCAACUCAAGCUUUUGGACAUUCUCGACGAAAAGCAGGCUCCGUGUUCCAUCGAUGAACUCUGUGAGGCGGUGACAGCGGCAUCGGCAACAUCAUCGCAAGAUAAUGGAACAAACCGUAGCUGCAAUCGAGAUGCGCUCCUCCGAACCAUGAGAUUGCUAACCACCAUUGGCAUUGUUUGCGAGGAGAACGAUCCACCUACAGGCGACGACACCCCGGAGUGGUUGUUUUCUUUCUCGCUCACCACUCUUGGAAAAUCUCUCCGAACGAAUUCUGCUUCUAACGCAGAGCCGAGCAUGGCCUCGUGCAUCCUACACUGGAUGGAGAAACCACUGUGGGACUCUUGGCUCGGUUUGCCGGGCUACAUCCUCGAGGGAGAAUCCUCGACCCUGCCCUUUGAGCGCGCCAACAACGGCGUUUCGAGCGAUGCUUGGUACAACCGAGAAGAACACCCGGAAUCCCUGCGCCACGCCAACAACUUUGUGAGACUGAUACACGACCAGGAAAUCGAGGCCGUCGCCGAGCGCUUCGACUGGUCCUUUUGCCGCGGAAAACGGCUGGUCGACGUCGGUGGUCAUAACGGUAAGCUGGCCGCGGCAAUUGCCCAGCGAGAACCUACCAUCGAUUGCUACUGCUUCGACCUUCCGGAAGUGAUCGAAGGCGUACCGAUAGCUCCGGAAGGGGUCACCAUGGUUCCCGGAAACGUGUUCGACUCGGCAACGAUUCCCCCCUGCGAGGUCAUUCUGAUGAAACACUUUUGCGACCGUUGCAUGUGGGACGAACCGCAGACGGUGGAGCUCUUGCGGUGUUGCCGUAGUGCCCUACAGAAGAAUGGCAGCAGCCAAAGCGAUGAUGCAGAAAAGGGGAGAAUCGUAAUUGCGGAUGCGGUGCUGCCGGAUUGCGGGGGAGUCAACGAAAAGAACGAGCUCGCGCUGUACCUCGAUGCUCUUUACAUGCUGGUGGGAAGGGAACGACAGAGGACCCGGCGGGAAUGGGAACAGCUUGCCAAUAAGGCUGGUCUUGAUCUUGUACUCAUCGAAUCGACCACUGUUCCGAGCUGCAGCUUGAUUGUUCUAGAGACUAGAUAGUGGUUGUUGGGACGCAGCGAUGGCAAGUGAUUAAAAGUCGACAAAUAGCGCUGCAAGAAACUUCUAAUAGAUUCAAUGCAUAUAG